GUUUACUGGCGGCACUGAGCGCGGUGCUGAGGGAGCCAGCACCGGGGAGCAGCCAGCGCGGAUCCGGUGGAGGGACACCUCGAGGCCCGCACCCGUCCUGGGGGUCAGCCCUCCCCCUGGUGCAGCGGCGACUCGAGAGGCCCUGGGAGAAACCGGGCUGGGAUGCCGGCCGCGUGAGUUCCUGCGACAGGAUGGAGGAAGAGGAGCUGGAAUGUCCAGACUCCUCGUCGGAAAAACGCUAUUUCCCCGAAUCUCUGGAUUCCAGCGACGGCGAGGAGGAGGGCCUCCUGGCCUGUGAGGACCUGGAACUGAACCCGUUCGACGGGCUGCCGUACUCCUCCCGGUACUACAAGCUCCUGCGCGAGAGAGAGGCCCUUCCCAUCUGGACGGAAAAGUACUCCUUCAUGGAGAACCUGCUCCAGAGUCAGGUGGUGAUCGUUUCCGGAGACGCCAAGUGCGGGAAGAGCUCCCAGUGGGAACUCUGGGGUGAACACAGACUGUUUGUUCACUCAGAGGGUGACUCACUGGUGGCCCCACUGACACGAUGAGCCCCCGUGGGUUUCCUGGCGAGCGGGGGGCGCUGACGGCUGGCUCUCGCCCGCAGGUGCCACAGUGGUGCGCCGAGUACUGCCUCUCCGUCCACUACCAGCACGGGGGCGUGGUGUGCACGCAGGCGCACAAGCAGCCCACCGUCCAGCUUGCCCUGCGCGUGGCGGACGAAAUGGAUGUCAACAUUGGCCACGAGGUCGGCUACGUGAUCCCGUUUGAGAACUGCUGCACCAGCGAGACGAUCCUGAGGUACUGCACUGAUGACAUGCUGCAGCGGGAGAUGAUGUCCAGCCCCUUCCUGGCCAGCUACGGCGUCAUCGUCCUGGACGACAUCCAGGAGAGAAGCAUUGCCACCGACGUGCUGCUCGGCCUUCUCAAAGGCGUCUUGCUGGCGAGGCCGGAGCUGAAGCUCGUCAUUAACACCCCGCCCCUGCUGCUCAGCAAACUCAGCGCUCACUACGGCGACGUGCCGCUCGUGGAGGUGCCCAGCAGGCGCCCCGUGGAGGUGGUGCACCUCAGCGGGGCUCCGGAGGCGGCUCUGGAGUCUGUUUUGCGCCUCAUCCUGGAAAUUCACCACUCGGGCGAGAAGGGCGACAUUGUCGUCUUCCUGGCCUGUGAACAAGAUAUUGAAAAAGCCUACGAAACCGUCUGUCGAGAAGGCUGUCACCCUGACGCAGACCACGGCGAGCUGGUGGUGGUGCCUUUGUACCCGAGAGAGAAGUGUGCGCUGUUCAAGCCAAACGACGAGACAGAGAGAAGCUGCCCAGCCCCUCAGCGGCGAGUGGUGCUGACCGCCAGCCCCGGGGAGGCCCUGAUCGGGAGCAGCUCGGUCCGCUUUGUGAUCGACGUGGGUGUGGAGAGGAGGAAGGUAACUCUUACCAAACAGCUGGGGAGAGUUGAGUCAGUUUCUUGGGUUCCUGCCCUGUUCUGGGCCAGAGAGUGAGGGUGAAGGCU